UUUAUGUUCUAUCACCAUAUAUAUAUAUACAUAUAUAUAUAUAUAUAUUUUAAAAACUCAGAAAAUUAAAAACGUUACCUUGAUUUUUCCCGUAGAGUUCAGCUCAGGUUCUCACUCAGAAAUAAAAGAGAGCUGAUACUGUGAAGCUAAGUUAAGUGGCUUCAUAUGUUAAAACACAAGAGAGCACACUUGUAACAUUACAAAUAAGCCCUAGGCUGAUUUAGCAGCCAUUGAAAUUAUCAGUUCUGGAGCAGUCUUCCGUCGCUUCCCUGUAGAACCUAAUUCGUGGAUGGGAAGUUUAUCAGUAAAGCUUUAUUUAAAAACAUAAUCCUCCAAGCUGUGAUCAGCUGUUCCAUGCCUUUCUCAACUAUACCAUACAAAGCUGUUUGUGAGGAUCUAAGUCUGCACUUCGCCAGCUUCUGUUUCCCUCUCUCCAUUAAUUAAAGACAGCUGAUUUUGAUAUUAUAUUAACACUUUACAUUAACACUGUUAAGAUAUGCUGAUCCAAAUGUGUGUUUCAUGUCACUUCUGUAUUUGAUUUUUCAGAAAUAAAUCUCCAGUUCUAUUUUUCAGUGUGCUUCUCGGAUGUGUGCGUAUGUGUGUUGUCUGUGAUCAUGCCUGGGUGGUGGUUUCUCUUUUUCACUUCAUGCCCUUCACACCUCUGUUUAGAUACAGUGGCUUGGGCCCAAAUAAUCCGCUGCAUGAAUGGAAGAUAUAUCUGUUCAUAUGGAUGUGUGUGUGUUUUGCUGGUUUCCUUCCUCUCCAUCUGCACCCCUGUAUACCUUUAACAAGAGUGUCAUGGGAUUGAUAGUCACCUUCAGGGAGGAUGUGGAGUAGCUGCAUUUUCUUGAAAAAUUAGUUCUGUUUUUUCCUGCCCUUGCACCUACACAGAUUCAAAGUGCUUUUUGUGUAAACAGAAGAAUCUUUUAACCCAAGUAAUUGCCCACUUCAUUACAAUAUUAUUUGUUCUUGUGGCCUGUAACCAUACAGAGGACUUAUUUUACAUCCUAUAUGUUUUUUUAUUCUUAGAUCUGAGGUUGAGGUGGUGAAUAUUAAACUGAUCAUCCAGAAAAACUUCUCAUGUGAAAAUUUUAAUUUGUGUUCCCUGUAUUGUUCCAGUUCCAUACUUAAAAUAUUACUAUGAAAAAUUAAGAGUUGAAAGAAACUCUCUCUCACUCUCGUGUGUGUGUAUUGUUGUUGUUUUAAACGCUGCCCAAUAAUAUUUUGGAUAUAUGAUUAGAUAGACUUUUCUGUGCAACACGAGCUGCUAUCUUGUGUUACCAGUUCUCCCCCACAGAGCUGAUAAAAGCUCAGAGAACAUAAUAAGAAUCAAAGAAAAUGUUCAUGCUUAUCCUAUAGAUUCCAAAAUUGAAAAGCUUUGUCAGGUUUUUACACCUAAUAAGACAGAAAGGCAAGGCUUACAGACCAUAAAGUAGUUAGUUUUUUUUUGUAAAGGUCUAAUCCUAUACCUGUGUAGUGAAACAUAAGCCCCAUUGAACUCAGUGGAACAACUAGGUAUAAAUGCAUAGGAUUGCUGGCUAAAACCCUAUACACACCCUUCUGCCAUAUGUCUGUAGCUUCUAUGAUAUGUAAUAAAAUAACUCUAGUGUUGGAUAACAUUAAGAAGCAAUCUGGCGGUUGAAGAAAUGGUGAUUUGGCCACAGGCUACCCAGUGAGCAUCACGGCCAAAUAAAGGCUUGAACCUGGAUUUUCUGUCGGCAGCAUAGGGCCCAGUGGACUAUUGUACCCAGCCAGUGGAUGAAUGAAUAACGUGCUGGAAAUGCAGCCAUCACAGAAGAACAUCAGAAGCCUCUAAAACAACUGGAGGGAAGAAGAGCCCUAUGUUAUGUGGUCAGUACCCGAGCAGAAGCGAAGGCAAGGAACUGAAAAUAGUGGUGCAGCCGGAGACUCAGCACAGAGCUCGCUACCUAACCGAGGGCAGUCGGGGCUCAGUGAAAGACAGAACGCAGCAAGGAUUCCCCACUGUACAGCUGGAGGGCCACAAUGAGCCUGUGACUUUGCAGAUAUUUGUUGGGAAUGACUCUGGCCGAGUGAAGCCUCAUGGAUUCUAUCAGGCCUGCAGGGUUACGGGGCGAAACACCACAGCCUGCAAAGAGGUUGAUAUAGAGGGUACAACUGUGAUUGAAGUGGGCUUGGACCCAAGCAGCAAUAUGACCCUGGCGGUGGACUGUGUUGGAAUACUGAAGCUGAGGAAUGCAGACGUUGAAGCUCGGAUAGGCAUUGCUGGGUCCAAGAAGAAGAGCACUCGGGCUAGGCUGGUGUUCCGUGUUAAUAUUCCCCGGAAAGAUGGCCCCCCUCUCACCCUGCAGACGCCGUCCUCACCGAUUUUGUGCACUCAACCAGCAGGUGUGCCAGAGAUCCUAAAGAAGAGCCUCCACAGUUGUUCAGUGAAGGGAGAAGAUGAGGUCUUUCUGAUUGGCAAGAACUUUUUGAAGGGAACAAAAGUGAUCUUCCAAGAGAACAUGUCAGAUGAAAAUUCUUGGAAGGCAGAAGCGGAAAUAGACAUGGAGUUGUUUCAUCAGAAUCAUCUAAUCGUCAAAGUGCCACCAUAUCAUGACCAGCAAAUAACUGCACCUGUUUCCGUGGGGAUAUACGUGGUGACCAACGCCGGGAGAUCCCAUGACAUACAGCCCUUUACCUACACUCCGGACACAUCCAGGACUCUGAAUGUGAACGUGAAGCAGGAAGUACCCAGUCCAGCACAACCUUGCUCUUUCGACGAUGCAAUGAAAGUGAAUUCUGCUGGCUGCACCCUGGACAAAGUAAACAUUCUUCCCAGUGCCUUGAUAACUCCACUCAGGCCGAACAGCAUUGUUAAGAGUGAAGAAGUUGCUCCAAUGGAGCUGGCAGCUGAAAAAAGAUCUCCUUCUGUCUUCAAGACGGCCAAUGUAAUUGGGCCACCUCAAGCGACGUUGGAGACCAACAUGUCCAACAUAUUGGGGAAUGGCAGUUUCUCCUCUUCUCCUUCUCACCUGGCUUCCGAGAACGAGAAGCAACCGCUGCCACCAAAGGCGUUUGCCUCAGAGGCGAGGCCCACCCUCCAGGCCCAAGAGCUUGCCCAGCCCAGCAGCUUCCCAUCAGUCUCUGCUCCUAACCAGCUACAGAACAGCGACACCUUGCUGCAGCAGGCGUCCCAGUUCCCCCCAAGGGAGUCCCAGCCCAGGGAGGUGUUGCAGUCGGACGGCACGGUCAUGACUUUGACUCAGCUGACCGAGGCGUCCCAGCAGCAGUCCUCGCUUCAAGAAUCAGCACAGGCGCUGCAGCAACAGAUGUCGUCAAAUAUUUUCUCCUCCCCCGGAGGCGUGAGCCAGCUUCAGAACACCAUCCAACAGCUGCAGGCCGGGAGCUUUCCGCCCAGCCCUGCCAACGGCAGCGGCGGAGGAAAUGUAGAUUUGGUCCAGCAGGUUCUGGAAGCCCAGCAGCAGCUGUCGUCUGUCCUGUUUUCAGGGUCUGACAGUGAGGAUGUUCAGGAGCAGCUCAACGUGGAGAUUUUCCAGCAGGUCAGCCAAAUCCAAAAUGGAGUCAACCAGGGGAUGUUUUCCCACUCUGACACGGUACACUCCAGGGCUGAAGAUCUUCUCUCAGGCAGAGCCAAGAAUGUCCAUUCUCAGCCUGACAGCUCUCUGUCCAGCCAGCAGCAGCAGCAACAGCAGCAGCAACAGCAGCAAGCGAUGGAGACGUCGGCCGCCAUGGUGAUUGAGCUCCAGCAAUCCCUCUGCCAGGCAGCCAGCCAGAUGCAGUCUGACCUGUUUUCAACCUCCUCUUCAGGCAACGGGAACAUCCAGCAGUCUCCGGUGUACCCGCAAGCUUCCCACAUGAUCACCGGGCUGUCAGCCAGUGAGGACAUGCAAAUGCAGUGUGAGCUCUUCUCUACCUCCAGUGUUUCUGGAAACGAAGCUGCUCAUUCACCCCAACAGCAACAGCAACAGCAGCAGCAACAGCAGCAGCAGCAGCAGCAACAACAACAACAACAGCAACAACAGGUGCUUACCAGUGGCACAGCUCUCUUUCAGUCUUCUGGCUCCGCCGAAGGUGACGAUGCCUCGGGCCAAGCGAAACAGUUGCGGAGCGAUGUCUUUCAGGCCAUGGUGCAAAUGCAGCACAGUGGGGAAGCUCAGGGGCAGGUGAACCUGUUCUCUUCCUCGGAGAGCAUGAUGGCCACCGUGCAAAGCAGCGGAGGGCAGCAGCCGGGCGGGAGCCUCUACCAGCAGGCGGGGGAGAUGAUGUCUCUGCAGUCUGGGAGCUUCUUGCAGCAGGCCCCCCACUCGCAGGCCCAGCUCUUCCACUCGCAGAGCCCUCUCGGAGAGACCCAGACCCUCUCCCAAGAGGCCCCGGGCUCUCUCUUUCACGGCCAGAGCACCACCGCUUCCUCAGAACAGCUGCAGUCCUCCAUGUUCCACUCCCAGGCAGCCAUGGGGGUGGUCCAGGACCAACAGGCCAACAGCAUGUUUCUUUCACAGAGUUCAAUGGGCACAUCGGUCUCGCAGGAGGAGCCCAUGCCAUUCUUUACUGGUCAGAAUUCCAUUUCUCCACUGCAAGCACCAACUGGUGCUGAGCAGCAGUCCUCAUUCCGGCAGCAGCAGCAGCAGCAGCAGCAGCAACAACAACAGCAACAACAGCAGCAGCAGCAGCAACAGCAACAACAGGCAGCUCAGCUGUCACACCUCCAGGGCCCUCUGCUUUCCCAAGAACAGCCCCCACCCCCCCAGCAGAGCAUGUUCCAGUCACAGGUUCCCUUGGGAUCCCUCCCUUCAUCGGGGGUGUCCCCAAACCAGCAGGCAGCCAUGUACCAGUCCUCUCAUUCAAUGGUGGCUCUUCAGAACAGUAGCCCUACUCAAGAGCAGCAGCAGCAGCAGAACAUGCACUUCAGCAGUCCGAAUGCCAUGGGUCCAAUGACACCCCAGAAGCAGAACAUGAUGUUCAGCUCCAGCCCCACCUCUCUGGCUAGCCCUGAGCAGCAGCAGCAGCAGCAGCCGCCGCAGGGCCAGUCUCUCUUCCACCCGCAGAACAGCAUGGCGCCCAUGAAUCGGGACCAGCAGCCCAUGCAGUUUCAGAGCCAGAGCUCGGGGUCUGGCCAAGCUGAGCCACCGCAGGCGCCACCGACCUUAUUCCGCAGCUCCCCGCAGAUCCAGCUGGUCCAGGGAUCCCCCGGCUCUCAGGAGCAGCCUGUCACCCUCUUCAUAUCAUCCGCUUCCAUGUCGGCCCUGCAGAACAGCAUGAGCCAGCCAGAGAUGGCGCAGCCUUCCCUCUACUCUUCGCAGAACAGCAUGUCUGGCCUCCCCGGUGCUUCGCCCCCACCCCAGCAACAGGCACCGCAGUCGGCGGCCAUGUUCCACAACACGGCUGGAGGGGGUCCCAUUAGCCAGCUGCAGAACGCCUCCGCUUCGUCUCGCCAGACCUCUGGCAUCUUCCUCUUUGGCAUCCAAGACAACUGUGGCCAGCUGUUAACCUCUGGACCAGGCUCAAUGUCGGAACAGAUGAUUACCCUAAGCCAGCCACAGACCGAGGCACAGCCAUCAGUCACAACUCUCCUGUCCCAACAGAUGUCAGAGGGCCCUCAACUGUCUUCGGCUAUGAAUGCCAACCAGAACAUGAAGAAGAUCGACGACCUGCUUGUGUCGCUACAGAACCAGGGGAACAACAACAUGGGUGGCUCUUUCUAACUCACCAGAGAUACAGUGAUGGCUGAGCAGAUUUUCAAGAUUCCCUUGACUCUUGUGACUCUGGAACUUAGGAUGUAAGGAAGUUAAGUUUCCUCUGUCAAAGAAGGGCCUGGACCUAACAUUCACCCUUGCUCUAGAAGAGUAUCCCUGCUGAGCUGGAAAGUGGCUUUUGAGUGAGAGCAACAGAUAAAGAAUCCUUGGAACUGAGAGAGAGGUGGAGGAACUGUGCUUCGUGUUGCCCAAGCCUGGGCUGGACAGUUACACCCCCUCUCUGGCCCUGCUGCGGGAAUGCAGAGCAGGGCUGCGUAAUCAUUGCAACUGAGAAGGAAGAAAUGUGGAACUGUCUCCCUCCCUCCCCUCCUCUUUUUCUAGUCUCCACAACCCUUUGAUUGGGCUCUUAGGUAUACUGAAAUGCCCUGUACCCUGAAAUCAGUUGGUUAUGGUAGACGUAAAUGAGUUGGUUUUGCAGAUGCCCUGUUCACACCUUUGUGCUCUUCGCAUGAGAACUUGUUCCAUGAUUCGCAGAUGAUUUCCAUUGAAAAUUAUUUCUCAAUGCAAUGCGAAAUGAUGUAAGUGUUCAGUCUUUAGUUGUGAAUAUCACACAUGCAGGUUGUGGCUUGAUGCUCUAGUUAGCAGGUAGUGAAUAUGCAAGUGUGAAUUGAGCCUUACUCUUGAAUGGAAGCCUUUUCAUAGAAUGAAGAAAGCUGUGAAUUCACACACCUUUGUCGUAUAGAGGCAGAAAGUCCCCCAUGGGCCUGGCAGGUACAGCUUGAAGGUUUGGGGGAAAAGUAGGCAGACCCAAGAAUGUGACUAUACCUUCCUUAAGGACCGGGUGUAAAUUGGUAGGGCUUCUCCAAGGGGACUUUCCUUAAAUCUCUGGAGGUCUGCCAGUCUCAGCUUUCAACAGGAGGAUGCUUGGUCUGUCAAAGAGUGACUUGUCUGUGGAGUCUAGCCUUGCUGAGAUACUACCUGAAUCUCCUUCCUCUUAAAUCUCCAUCCUGUAUAUUUCCCUUCUCCUCCAAGUAUGCCACUCCCUAUAGGUACCUGAACUAGCCAGGAGGCCGGAAGGGCAGUGGCAGGUGAUGCACUUGAGGCAGAUAUUCAGCUCCUCGUCCCAUAGCAGAAUGAAAAGCUAGGCAUCAAGACAGACCAAAAUAGGUUCUCCACCUCCUGGGCUGGUAAAGGCAGCUGUCUAGAGCGGGAAGAGCUUGCCAAGUUGUCAAGUCCAAGUUGAAUUGAUCCGACUGCACCUUGCAGAGCCCAUUGUGGUUGGUUAGAAGGGCCCCCCUGGGGUGAAGCUUCGGGGUGGGGAGAGUCUGCAGGCGUGCUCUUUCCUGUUGCUUGCCCUUUUUCUAAUUGGUGCUGGUAUAAAGUCUUAAGUCAAGACCCAAAUGAGGGGUGGGUGGGAGGAGGAGGAACAGAAGCUCCCCACAGGCCUUCUGGCAGGGCUGGAGGAUGCCUGGCCUCUCCUUUGAAGGAGGCAGUGGUCCUCUGGCAGAAUACCGGUCGGGGCGAGAGUGAAUUCACAUCCCUGUUGGUGUGAAAGGCGGACGUUUUGCAUGCCUUGCGAUCGCAGCACCAAGGGGCAAGCUCCCAUUUCAGGUGCUUAGUGGGGAGUGCUCUCGGCCACCUCCCACCUCUGGAUUUGAGCUUCUUUCUCUCUUUUUCCUGCACAGCCAGAGCUGUCUGUGGUGUCAUGUCCGGCACCGAACAGCUUUUGUGUGUAGCUCU